AUGGAUGCAUCUCAGAUACCUACUCUUAUAUGGGUUCAAAGAAAAGCCGAAGUUGAGUGCGGUGAGGACACUAUCGACAUCGUCUUUCUUACAGAAAGCGUUUUUCAAGGCCGUGUUUACGUUGUUGGUCAUUCCAAUGAGGAUCAAUGUGUUUCACGAGAUACUGGCCGACGGACAACGUCGAUUUCAAUACGAAAAGACCAAUGUGGAGUCGUUACAACUCGAUCUCAAAGCCCAGCUGGCUUAUUCGUAAAUGUAAAAGUAAUGAUAUCGUUUCAUGAAGAAUUUAUCACGAAGGUUGAUAGGGGUUACGAAAUCAGUUGCUUUUAUAUGGAAGCAGAUAAAACUGUCACAUAUCCACUAACUGUUUCGAUGCGUUCGCUAGAACCCUUCACAGAACUGGCAGAAAUGCCACGUUGUCGAUAUGAAGUCGUCGAUCCAAUUACGAUGCAACCAUUAAAUAUAGUAUCUGUUGGAGAUAAACUACUUCAUAAAUGGAUUUGCGACUCAACUGCUCCAAGUUUGUGGUGUAUGACGGUUCAUUCAUGUUUUGUUGAAGAUGGGUCAGGCACUCAAUUUGUCAUUCUUAAUGAUGAUGGAUGUGCUAUCGACAAAUAUUUGCUUGAUAAUUUGGAAUAUGGUCCGGGCGAUCUCCAAGCACAGAAAGAAGCACAUGCGUUUAAAUUCGCAGAUCGAGUCGUUGUCAACUUCCAGUGUUCAAUCAGACUUGAUAUCAGGGAUGGUGAAUGUCCUCACCCACAAUGUCGCGAUUUAAGUACGAAAAAAAGGGCACUAAAAAGGCGAGCAUUAAAUGAUAAUAUGAUUAUCAAUGAGGGUCUCGUUGAAGUUGAUGUUCGAGCUCAACAACUUGACGUACUUGACCCACAGAUUGGUUAG